UUUUUAUUUAAUUUUUAUAUAUUUUUUUUUAAAACGCCCCUCCUUUUUUCGCCCCCCCCCCUCCUUUUCCCGCCCGCCUUUGCGGGAGAGACCUUUGACCUCCCUCCCUCUCCGGUUGUUAUGUCGGGCCUCCGCCGCCGCCGCCGCCGCUGCAUUCCUUGACGCGCGCGCCCGCCGCCUCCUCAGCCGCCGUCCUUUUUUUUUUUUUCCUUCCUUCCUUCCUUCUUCUUCUUCUUCCCCCUCACCUCAAAAGGCGCCGCCGGGGGGGUGCGCGUGCGCCCCACGCCCUCCUGCCCUGCCCCCCCCCCACAGCCGCGCGCUCUCCCGCAGCCCCGCCCGAGUAACGGUCGCCUCCUCGCGCCAGGCGCGCUCCCGCCCGCCCGCCCGCUCGGGAAACACCCCCCCCCCCUUUCACACACACACACACACUCGCUUCACGUGCGCGCGUCCGCCCGGUCAGCCCGCUCGCCCGCCCAGAGGAGGAAGAAGAAGAUGAAGGAGAUGAAGCAGCGGAGGAAGAAGGAGCGCACGUGGGCCGAGGCCGCCCGCCUGGUGCUGGAAAACUAUUCUGACGGACCCAUGACCCCGAAACAGAUCCUGCAGGUUAUAGAAACCGAGGGCCUAAAGGAAAUGAGUGGCACAUCCCCGCUGGCCUGCCUGAACGCGAUGCUUCACUCCAAUUCUAGAAGCUGCGAUGGGCUUUUUUAUAAGCUCCCUGGGCGGAUCAGCCUUUUUACUCUCAAGAAAGCGGCUGCCCAGUGGUCUCGGACCCUCGCUGGACCCGAAGGAGAAGAAUUGGAUGAUGUGGAGAGCAGCGGUUCCAAUGAAGCUGCCAGCACUGUUAGCGGAGAUAAUGACGUUUCUCUAGAUGAAACCUCUUCCAAUGCUUCCUGUUCCACAGAGUCCCAGAGCAAGAGCUCGUUUGCUCUCCGAGAGAGCACCAGGACAGCCUCUCAGGUGAGCAGACAGAAGAAAAAGACAGGCGUGAUGCUUCCACGCGUGGUCCUGACCCCGCUGAAAGUUAAUGGGGCCCACAUGGAACCCUCCUCUGGGUUCGCGGGGAAGCCGGUCGGCGAUGAGAGCAGCAGCAGCGGCAGCUCCUCGGUGUUGCCCAGCCCCCUCUGCAACAGGACGGACAUGGCGAGGGAAGCCCCCCAUCUGCUCCGGGGAGUCCGCAAACCCUCAGGCGGGCAAGUGAAGAGGAACAGGGGGGACGACAUCGACUUCGAGACGCCAGGCUCCAUUCUGGUCAACACAAAUCUGCGGGCGCUGAUCAAUUCCAGGACCUUCAAUGCCCUCCCCCUGCACUUCCAGCAGCAGCUCCUCCUCCUGCUCCCUGAAGUGGACAGGCAGCCUGGGACAGACGGACUGCUGCGCCUGAGUGGAAGCGCCCUAAAUAACGAGUUUUUUGCUCAUGCUGCCCAGAGCUGGCGGGAGAGGCUGGCAGACGGGGAGUUUACUCACGAGAUGCAGGUCCGCAUCAGGCAGGAAAUGGAGAAGGAAAAGAAAACGGAAGUCUGGAAAGAGCGGUUUUUCGAGGACUACUACGGGCAGAAGCUGGGCUUGACCACGGAAGAGCAGAAGUCGGCCCCCAGCGAGGCAGAGAAGAGGACCACAGCCGCCUCCCCAGAAGGCCCCGCCAGGGCACCCUGCACGCCCACAACCCACCAGCCUGACGGGCACUUCAAGAGGCGCUCCCUACGCUGCCGGAACCGCCGGAACCGGCACAAAUUGCGCGAAGCGGAGCCUUCCUCCCCUGCCAAAGAGGCAUCCUCCUCGCCACUGUCGUCUGUGGAGGCCACGCCCGCGGAGGAGAGAGAAGCCAAUCCCGCCACGAACGAGUGCCAAGCCAGCCGGGCAGCUCCCUCGGCCGAGAUGUCCCCGGAAGUGAGCAAGGUCUUGAGCAAGGUGGAUGAGGCCGUGGCAGCGGCAGCUGUGGCGACGGCGGCAACCCCAGAGCGAAUUCCCAGCCUGCCUCUGGGACCGCAGGAUCAGCAGCAGAAGAGGAAAUGCUUCGAGCAGCCCGCCUCCCCCUCUUUCCCCGAAAAGAAGCCGCGGCUUGAGGACCGUCAGUCCUUUCGUAACACAAUUGAAAGUGUUCACCCAGAAAAGCCACAGCCCACCAAAGAGGAGCCUAAAGUCCCUCCCAUCCGGAUUCAACUUUCCCGAAUCAAACCCCCCUGGGUGGUUAAAGGUCAGACAGCCUACCAGAUAUGUCCUCGGAUUAUCCCCAAUCCAGAACCCGGCCGGCCGGACCGAAGGGGGAGCCCAGCCGCUGCUGACCCUGAGGCCUGUCCUUUGCAAGGCCGAGUCCAGCGAGCGGCUGCUGCUCCUGCCUCCACCAUUGGAGGUGGGGGUGGGCCAGGAGGAGGCGGCAGAAGGAGCCCAGACGAAGGCGGUGGUGGUGGUCGCGGCGGCGGCAGCAGCAGCAGCAACAGCCGGCUCCGGCCACCCAGGAGCCACCGGGCCAAGCACUGGCGAUGCAAGAGAACUCGCGGGAAGCGCUGGUCAGAUUUACAGCGAACACAGCUAUUGCCGCCUUCCCACCUAGGCGGGAAGGCCGCCGGCUGGCAGGGGCCGGAAGCGAGCUGGCCUUCCGGGGCCACAGAACCCGCCAGGGAAGGAGAGCUCAAGCAGGGUAGACAGGCUGCGAGUCUUCCUUCCCAGGAAGCCUCUGCCCAGCCGGAGGACUCCUCGGAAGGCAGCCUCUCGGAUCGCAGAGCGACAGAAGUGCCGGCCAGUCGUCCUGGCCACCUUUUGGAUGAUCCCAGGCCUUCACCUUCCGCAGAAGAUGCUCCUCUGGAGGGCCGCGAUCGGGAGGACAGAAGGGAAUCUCUUCCCGUGGGAAGGCAGCAGAGCAAUGGCUGGCUGGGAGACUCCGGAAGCAUCCUCAUCGGAGGGAGAAGCAGGCAGGAGGGCCGGGAAGGUGACCUGGCUUCCCAGAGCAGCACACGAGUUGGCUCGGAGGCUUUGGGCUCUCCUGCGUGGGAGGGCAUUCCAGAGGACCCCAGCCCUGUGGAGCUCGCACCACAGGGUGCCACCCCAGGCCCCGGAAGAGGUGCCCUGAGCAGCCCAGGGGACGCUUCCCCACUGACAACAGGCCCUCUCCCUCCUUGCUUCAAUACGAGCGCCCGUGAGAGCCCCUUGUCCCCAGCAUCGGCACCCUCGGACAUGGAGGUAGAGACCGGGCGAGAGCGGGCCGUGACAGGGCCGAGCGCCAGCCCCGGCAGCGAUGAGGAAGCCCAGAGUCCGCUGAGUGAGACCACAGAGACGGCCUCCGAUUUGGAUGCUGAGCUCACCGAUGAGAACUUGGAGAUAAACGGGGAUUGUCGCCAGGCUGAAGAGAGGGAAAGCGGGUCCAAGCAGAGACGCCCGGAGGGACGUAGAGAGGUCAUCUUGGAAAGCAGGGAAGAUUUGCCUUUGGAUGUCGGGGUCGUCGGCUCCCCCUGCAGGACCAGGUUGCCCGCUCCUAUCCCCACCACGGCCAAAUCAGUUCCCCCUGUUGAUGUCGCAAUCCAGGAAAGGCCACGCUCGGGUGUCCCCCAGCCUCUGUCCGACACAGCAGCCAGGCCCCUGGAGGGACACUUGGUCCCCCAGGGUCUGCCGCCCAAAAGCGUCCCGCCAGCCUCUUCCCAGGCAGCUGCAGCCUUUUCUCGGGACAAGCCCCCGGCAGAAAUCCGCCCUUCCCUCCAGGCGGUUAAGAGCAAUGACCGCCUCGUGCAGGACGCCCCAUGCAGGGAGGGGACAGGCCUGAGUGACCCAGCCAGGAAGACCACACGUGCACCCCAACCUUUGCAGGACUCUGCCGAAAGAGCCUGCCUGCCUCCAGAGAAGACUCCAAAUCCAGGAUCCCUGGAUCAAGCUGUCGGCCAGUCCCCGAAAACAGAUCUCUCGAAUCUGGGAAAGAAUCCAACCUCUUCCUGCCCUCGUCCGGAUAAAACGGAUCUGCCCAGAGCAGAUUCCACAGCUGGCAUCAGGAAGCUGGAGGAGACGCUGAAGACGGCCCCGGGGCCCAAGCUCCCUCUGCGCACGGCCUCUCUGGGGCCGGAGCAACCAAGCAGCCGCCCCGCAGAGAAGACCCCCGUGGCUCUGGGCAGGAAGGUCUUCGGCUCGGGCAUCGCGGGCGGGGCAGCAGCCAAGGCCCAGAAGCCCCACGGCUCAGAGCCCUUCCCCAUGUGGGGCAUGCUUUCCCACAGCAAACUGGUCUCUCCCCCGGCCAAGGCGAUGGCCCCCGGAUCCCGCUUGCCUCCCGCGAGGGAGGAAUGGCCCUCCAAGAGGAAUGGCGGCUCAACGGAGAACAAGAAGGUGCUGGCCUCGGCCCAGAGGAAGAGGGAGCAGCCGAAGGAGGCCCCUCCCCACAUGAUGGAGACUUGGCAGGGCUUCCCCCUGGGGAGGGACCUGGCUUUUUUCAAGCUGCCCAAGGAGCCGGGGAAGGGGCCUGCGCAGCCCCUGGAGCCGUCCUCCCUCCCUUCCCAGCUCAACAUCAAGCAGGCCAUAUACGGGAAGCUUUCCAAGCUGCAGCUGAAUUCCUCCCGUCUGAAUUACGCCUCUUCGUCCGGCGGCCCCUUUUUCCCCCGGAACCUGGAUGGCAACGCCGGGCCCUUCGGCCCCAAAGCCCACUUGACGGCUUCUUCCCGGGGCGGGCUGUCUUUCUCCGCCCAGGUGUUUGCCGAGACGGGCAAAGGCUUGGAAGAGCUCUCCCUCAAAUGCUCCUGCAGUCUCAAAGCCAUGAUCAUGUGCCAGGGCUGCGGAGCCUUUUGCCACGACGACUGUAUCGGCCCCUCCAAGCUCUGCGUGCUGUGCCUCGUGGUCAGAUGACACUGGCGGCCCACGGAAGGAUCAAAAGCUGUACAUUGAGCAGGCGAGGAGGAGGAGGAGGAGGACACCGGCGACCAGGAACGCCCGUAUAUGCAAAGGAUUCUGGUCCUAACAAAGCCAAUAUGGACGCUGUAUGUCUUGGGUUUCCCUGCUGGGGGUGGCAAGUCGGUCAUGGAGACAGGCGGGUUUCGGAGGGCUGAUUCCCCCCCCCUCCCAACGAGGAACUCUGUUGGAGAUUUGGCCCGUUGGUGCCCGGCUUCGGACCCUUCUUGUGCCGUGAGCCCCUUCCCCAUGGGCUGAGUCUGUGGGGGGAAGAGCUGACCUCCCCCUUACCUCCGUGUUGGAAGACCAAGUGAAAGGCCCAGCGGAAUCUUGUCUUCCAUUUUCUCUCCCUGCCACCGCCACUCCCCCCCCCCCCCCCAGCGCUGGGCUCGGUGGUCGACCCGGAAACGCAGGGCGCGGGAUUUCGGAGUCGCCACGCAGAUGGAGGAGUGGAGGCUGGAAGGCGUCUUCCUUCCCCGCAUCCGGGAAGACUUUUUACUCUUUGAAGCGGUGUCAUAUUUUUUUUCUUGUUUUGUUUUUUAAAAAACCCAUACGUAUAUAAAUAUAAAUCUAUAAUAUAAUUUUUCCUUUCCUUUUUUUGUUCUUGGGUGUAAAGAAACAACAACAAAAGUGGAAAUGUUUGGCUCCUCAUUGUACCUUCUAUGCAUCAUGUCUUCUUCUUCAUCCGUUGUACUCAGUACUCGGCCGGGCUUUUGUAAAAUGGGUGUUCUGUACAUAAAAAGCUCUUUUUUUCUUUUUUUUAAAAAAAAAUCCUUUUGGGAGGGGGUUCUCCCCCCCCUCCCUCCAGGCUACCCACAGUAUUGCAUUGUAGAGUAGUGUUGGUUACGAAUCGCUCCCCCACCAGACGGGGGGUGGCUGUUGCUCUGUCCUGUCUGGCCAAGCAGAGGGGGGGAAGCGGGGGGGGGCGACGGCCAGCCUGGGCCGGGUCUUCCUGUUGAAACCCCCCCACCCCGUGAGAAGGGAUCCCACCUCCCCCUCUCUUUCCCCUGGGGAAGGGCCCAAAGGUCCCCCCAGGUCAUCUCCCUCCCUUGACCUACCUACCUCUUGACCUCUUGGCUUUCACCGUAGACGAAGCAGCGUAAAAAUCUUGGUUCUCCCCCCACCCCACCCCCCAAUCCCCAAAGGGUUGGGGUCCGCAGGCAGGUUUGCUCCCGGCCGAGACCAUUGGGAGGCGACCCUCCUGCGCAGGGAAGGCGUGUGAAGGGCGAGAGAGCGAGAGAAUUCCCCAGGUGGUCUGAACCUGCUUACCAAAGAAGAAGGGGCUUCCCCUCUUCUGACCCCUGCUGCCCCCACCCACCCACCCACCCCUCCAUCUCCCCCAAGGAGGUCGGGGCUGUGUACAGAUGGGGCCUGGGCUGAGGGCGGAGGGGGCAGAUCCUGGUCCACCCUGAUGUUAUAUGUCCCUUUGUGGUAUGGAGAAUAAAAAAUUUAAAAAUAAUAAUAAAAAAAAAAACAUUUGACAGCUCA